CGGGGUCUCAUCAACAAAGGCAAUUUCUGCUUCGCCAAUGCUAUCAUGCAGGUCCUCGUCUUCUGCGCUCCCUUCUACAACCUUUUCACAAAGGUUGGAGAUGAGAUCAGCGCCGACUUUGCCAAUGCCACACCUUUGAUGGAGGCCGUGGUACACUUUCUGAGGGAGUUCCAUCUUGCGGAGCGGCCCAGAGGUGGGAGGACAGGAGCCAGCGAAUUGGCACCGAAUCCGCAAUUGAGUGAGCCUCUGGUGCCAGAGUACGUGUACGAGGCAAUGAAGCUCAACAAGCGCUUCGACCUCAUGAGACGCGGUCACCAAGAAGAUGCUGAAGAAUUCCUCGGCUUCUUCCUCGAUACUCUACACGAAGAGCUCUUGUCUGCCAUUCAACGGUCCAAUGCACGUGUAGCUGCUAUGCAGAAGAAGAGCGGUGCAGAGGAGCGAGAGGUGCAACGCCCAGCCUCGCCCAGUGAGGAAGGAUGGAUGGAAGUUGGACAAAAGGGCAAGACUGCCUUUACCCGGACGACGUCCAAUGCCGAGUCUCCCAUCACUCGUAUGUUCGGCGGCAAGCUGCGUUCCGUCCUCCGUACGCCAGGAGCAAAAGACAGUGUCACUCUGGAGCCGUACCAGCCGCUGCAGCUUGACAUCCAGCCGUCUCACGUGCACACCAUCGAAGAUGCUCUGCUCAACUUGACGGUUCCCGAAACGAUUCCUGGCGUCUACUCGCCAGCAAGAGGCGGACUGGUCGAUGCCACGAAGCAAGUCUUUAUCGAGCGUACUCCACCCAUCCUAGUCCUCCAUCUCAAACGAUUCUUGUACGAUGAAGUCGGAGGUGUGCAGAAGAACGUCAAGGAGGUAGGGUACACAGACACACUGGACAUCGGAGGGGAGAUGGUCUCACCUACCAGGAGAGCCGAGGGCCCCACCAGGUAUCGCCUCUUUGGCGUCGUCUACCACCAUGGAAGGUACGCAUCGGGAGGACACUACACCGUCGAUGUCCUGCGGCAGGACGGCAGUGGCUGGAUCCACUUUGACGACACCACCUUUGGGCCCGUCGCCUCGGAGCACGUAGGCAGGAAGGCGGGGCAACCACUGAGGGGCAAUGGAGGUCAUGAUGGAUUGGCUUACCUGCUCUUCUAUAAGAGA